GUACUGUAUGUUACAUAAUGUGAAUUGCUUCAUAGCUUCAUACAAAAUAUUAAUCAUAUGAUUAUUGUCUAUGAAUUAAUAGAUAUAAAUUGGUGUUUAAAAUGAGUGCUUUUGACGAGUGUUGGCUUGAAAUCAAUGGUGUGACCACUCGUGUCCUCCAAUACGGUGUCGAUGUGUCCACAAAGCAUGUGAUGACCAAAUGUCCGAUCAUUUUGAUGAUAUCGGGAAAUCCGGGAGAAAUUGCAUUCUAUAGACAUAUGUUGUCCCGAAUGCACGACAGGACACGACUCCCGGUGUUGGGUCUCUCACACGCCGGACAUAAUGUCGUACCAAAAGGACUCACUCUUCCGGGCAUUUCUGUACGGUAUAGUACUGUGUGCAAUACUAAUCCUAUGGUUAGAUAA